UUAACACCACUAGUGACGGCAUCGAAUAAAACAGAGUCGACACAGCUGCUCCUCAAUUUACAACCUUUUUAUUUUUCUUUCUUAGGGGGAGACUCCUAAGUCUUCAAGUCUUGGUACUUUGUCGUGUCCUAAACUCCUAAUAGAAUUCGAGGGUUUGGUCUUUUGAAAUUCUGGAAUUUGGAGAGAAAUUCAAAUAAUGCCUCCGAGGGUUGUGAAAAGAGGAGCUGCGGCUGCGGGGCAGAGGAGGAUGUCCAGGGGUACGAGAGGGGCAUCGAAGGUUCAGUAUCAACAACCUGACGCUGCGGAAGAGGUCGUGAAGGUUGCUUCAGUUCCCCCCGUGAAAGUGAGGGAGGAGGAGGAGGAGGCGGAGGAGGACGGUGUUAAGGUUCAAGGCAAGCCAAUUAUCGAGGAGGAGACCCAACUAAAAUUGGACCUGAACGGGUUGCCUGAUACGAAGAGCAAUGAGAUGAAGGGGUCUGUUGAUGAAUAUGAAAAAGAUGAGCGGUUGGAGUUGGAUGAUAAUGAUCCUGAUUAUGAACCUGAAGAAUAUCCUGGAGUGGAUUAUGAUGAGAAAGAGACAGAUGCAGAGGAGGUGGGAGAUGAGGUUGAAGAAGAUCAGCCUGAUGAGGAGCAUGAUGUGGAUGAGAAAGAGGUUGGUCUUUCAGAAGACGAAGAUGUACCUGAAGGAGAGAGUGUUGAUGAUGAUGAUGAUCAUGCUGCUGAGGAAGUUGAGCAUGCAGAUUUAGCUGAUGCAGCUGAGCAUGAAGAGCGCCAUGAAGUUGUUCAGGAAAGGCGUAAGCGUAAGGAGUUUGAGUUGUUUGUUGGGGGUUUAGACAAGGACGCCACUGAAGAUGAUAUAAGGAAGGUCUUCAGUCAGGUGGGUGAACUUGUUGAGGUUAGGCUAAUGAGGAACCCUCAAACAAAGAAAAACAAGGGGUUUGCAUUCUUGCGAUUUGCAACUGUGGAACAAGCAAAACGAGCAGUUACAGAGCUCAGGAAUCCAGUGAUCAAUGGAAAACAGUGUGGUGUUACUCCAAGUCAAGACAGUGACACCCUCUUUUUGGGUAACAUAUGCAAGACAUGGACUAAGGAAGCAUUGAAAGAGAAGUUGAAACAUUAUGGAGUUGAGAAUGUUCAGGACAUAACGUUGGUGGGAGAUACCAACAACGAGGGGAAGAAUCGGGGCUUUGCAUUCUUGGAAUUUUCAUCUCGUUCAGAUGCCAUGGAUGCUUUUAAGCGCCUCCAAAGGAGAGAUGUUUUGUUUGGGGUUGAUAGGCCUGCAAAGGUUUCAUUUGCAGAUUCCUUCAUUGAUCCUGGUGAUGAGAUUAUGUCACAGGUUAGGACCAUAUUUGUUGAUUGCCUGCCACCAUCAUGGGAUGAGGAUCGUGUUCAGGAGCUUCUUAAAAAAUAUGGGGAGAUUGAAAAGAUUGAGCUUGCCCGGAAUAUGCCAUCAGCUGACAGGAAGGAUUAUGGUUUUGUUACAUUUGAUACUCAUGAUGCUGCAGUGACAUGUGCAAAGAGCAUUAACAAUACUGAGUUGGGUGAAGGAAACAACAAGGCUAAAGUAAGAGCAAGAUUAUCUAGACCACGUCAUAGAGGCAGGACUAAGCCCACAGGUCGGGACAAUUUCAGGUCUGCCCGUGGUUCUGGACGAGUUGUCAGGGGGUCUUGGGGCCAUCCAGCUCCCCAUGGCUACCCUACUCGUGGGGUAAGGGGAGUUGGUAAUCAUGUCCCACCUCCCAUUGCAAAGAGGCCUGUUGGUUUGAGAGAUAGCAGAAUGAGGGACAGGCAGCCUAUGAUGUCUGUGCCAGCAAGAGGCCGGGGUCUGGCUCUUCCACCUAGGUCCUAUGACAGAAGAGCACCUGUUCCGUCAUUUCAAAAGAGUAGCUUGAAUAGGGACCAUGGUCGGCGUGAUGAACUUCCCCCUACAAGGAGCAGAGCACCUAUGGAUUAUGGUGCCCGGGUCAUCUCAGAGAGACGCCCAUCAUAUAGAGAGGAGUUUUCAUCCCGAAGCACUGCAUAUUCUGAUUUGCCUAGAAGUUCUUCUCGUACUGCAGCAAGGAGACCAUAUGUAGAUGAUGGCUAUGGUCAGAGGCUUGAGAGGCCUCCUCCAAGUUACCAUGAAGGGCGUGACCGUGAUUAUGACUCAAUUUCUGGAGCAAAAAGACCUUAUUCUGCCAUGGAUGAUAUUCCUCCACGUUAUCCUGAUAUGAGUGUUCGCCAUUCAAGAACUCGCUUGGACUAUGAACUUGCUGGUCCUCCACCUCAAUAUGGUGAUGCAUAUGGUGAUAGACUCGGGAGAUCCCCUCUAGGAUAUGUUGGCAGCAGAAGUUCUAUGUCCAGCCAGGACUCACAUGGGUUUUAUGGUGGUCGUCAGGGCAUGGGUUAUGGUGGAAGUUCUUUUGGUGGUGAUGUUGGACGGAUGUACUCUUCCUCUAGCUAUGGUGGUGAUUAUGUGCCUAGGGGAUCUGACGUUGGUACUAGCUCUUACUCAACCUUGUAUUCAAGUCGUAGCAUGGGCGGAAGCGGUUACAUGGGUGGUGGUGGUGGUGGUGGUGGUGGAGGUUCAGGAUCGUACUAUUGAUGUAAGUGAUAAGUGAAACUGUUAUUUAUAUGCAUUUCCCAAUUUUCUUGUAUCAAUGUGCAGGUAGAAUUAAUUUUUAGUCAUAGUCUAUUUUAAUUGGAGAUUAGGAGAUUCUUGAAGAAGUCAGCACCUUGUUCUUCUGAGAAGUGUAUUUACAAGGACAUAUCUAUCAGCACAAGGGAAUAUGUCUAUUGAACAGAUUGUACAGACUAAGAGGCUGCUUUAGGAUGUCAACCAUAUGGAGCUUUUGCAUUGUAUUGGAUAGAAGCAUGUUUCAAGGUGCAGUAGCCUCUAUUCGUGCUGAGAAAAAUAUUUGAGGCUGGAGUCACAGAUUCAAGCUUUUCUUAGUUUUCGAAACUGGGUGUAUGAAGUGUUUAGGUUUAUACUUCAAUGAAACUUUUUAGUUAUAGAUGAAACCAGAAAGUGCUUAGCAUAUGCUCUGUAUCAUCGUUUUUUUAUCUUUAUGUAAGAACCGGAUGCUGGAUAAUUUGGAAGCAUGCUGCAUCCUAUAUUCAAUGGAUAAGUACUGGAUGACAGAUGAAGGUUCUAAUUUAUGCGCGGUAAGGAAUUUUGGGUACUUUGCUAUGCUGAAUUUGUAAGAUAAAGGGCUGAUUGAGAAAGAAACCAAAGGCAAUCACAUGGCUUGUAUCAGUGUGAUAAGCUUGAGAGCUAUACAAGUACAAAGUGAAGGCUAUAAGAAAAUAAGUAGCAAAUU